AUGCCGGGUCCAUCGAUUGAUAAGCCGAAUUGCUACGAGUUCGGAGCGACGACAUAUGAAGAAAUUCAUCAGGAUUUAUCUGCGAAAGAUCCCCUUUUAUAUCAACAGAACGGACUGCUCAGUAUGGUUGACCGGAAUCGCCGAAUCAAACCACGCCCACAACGUUUUCAGGCGGAAACUCGCGAGUUCGAUAUUGUAUUGUGUCUGGAGGAAAGAGUUUUUGAUCAGGUUGUGGACUUCUUGAAUCGCCGAGUUGGCACAUCCGGAAAUCCAGUUCAUGUUAUCAACAUUGACAUUGAAGAUAACCCAGAAGAAGCUACGUUCGGUGCAUUCUUCCUUGCCGAUAUGUGCCAAAAGCUCGAGCAAUCUGUGGACUGCGAUGAGGAAAUCGAUCAAAUCAUUACAGAUCUCGAAGAUUCAAAUCCCAAAAGAAAUCUUCUUCAUACAAUUUGUUUCUACUAA